UCUCUCCCUCACUCACGCGACGUAAGAAUGACGAAUCAGAGAGUGAUAUAAUCACUUUGACAAGUCCUUAACUUUGAAGUUUGAACUUCGACAAAUCUACAAACAAACAAUAAUCCAUGCCUCUUUAUCACGUCCCUAAGACCCUAACUUUGAACUUUGACAAUCCAAAAAAAAUAAUCAAUGCCACAUGUUAUUUUGUAAAGCUCUAAGAGGUAUAAACUUCUCCAUCCUCCGAUCCAAAAACGUAGCAAAUGUGUCUGAACAUAGGUUAUAAAUUUCAAACUGAUGUGGAUUUCCAUUCCAAAUUUUACGUUGGUGAAAUUUAGUAACGUGGAUUUCACGUCAUGAUUUUUGUGGCUCUUAGAUAUCAACUUGGCACAUAUGCAUCAUACCAAAAAAAAACUUGGCACUUACGUAUACUUUUCUUCUGACCUUAGUUAGCUCUGACUUCUUCUAAGUCAUGUUUCAAUGAAAAACCUCCCCUUUAUUUAUAUCAUUUUUUUCUCACUUUCCUUAAACAAAAUCAUUCUUCUUAAAAACAUUUCAUGACGACCAUGCGUUUGCAUUUUCUCUCUCUACUCUUACUUUGUUGUGUCUCCCCUUCAAGCUUUGUCAUUAUAAGAUUCAUUACAAAUAAUCCUGUUGCUGGUCUGGUACGUUGUCAUCCCCACAAGUUUCAAGCCCUUAUACAGUUCAAGAACGAGUUUGAUACCCGCCGUUGUAACCACAGUGACUACUUUAAUGGAAUCUGGUGUGAUAACUCCACAGGUGCGGUCACGAAGCUACGACUACGGGCCUGUCUUAGUGGAACUCUCAAGUCCAACAGCAGCCUCUUCCAGUUUCAUCAUCUUCGCUACCUUGAUCUCUCUCACAACAACUUCACCUCCUCUUCCCUCCCUUCCGAGUUUGGAAAUCUCAACAAAUUAGAGGUCUUAUCCCUUUCCUUUAAUAGCUUCCUUGGCCAAGUUCCUUCCUCAUUUAGUAACCUUAGCAUGCUUUAUCAGUUAGACCUUUCCCAAAACGAUCUCACCGGUAGUUUCCCACUUUUGCAGAAUCUAACCAAGCUCACACUUUUAGACCUUUCUCAUAAUCACUUCUCUGGAACUUUGAAUCCCAAUAGUAGCCUCUUUGAGUUGCACCGUCUUCGUUACCUUAAUCUCGAGGUCAAUAACUUCAGUUCCUCACUCCCUUCCGAAUUUGGCUAUCUCAACAAUUUAGAGGUCUUUUCUCUUUCCUCUAGUGGCUUCUUCGGUCAAGUUCCUCCCACAAUUAGUAACCUAACCCAGAUAAAACUUUUGUACCUUGACCAAAACAAGCUCACCGGUACUAUCCCGCUUGUACAAAAUCUAACUAACCUCUCUGUUCUAAAUCUUUAUAAAAAUGAUUUCUCUGGAACCAUUCCUUCUUCCCUCUUCACUAAUCCUUAUUUAUUUUAUCUUGAUCUUCGUGAAAACAAUCUCACUGGUUCUAUUGAAGUUCCUAACUCCUUUACGUCAUUUAGGCUUGAGUACAUGUACCUUGGGUUUAACCAUUUUGAAGGAAAUAUCAUAGAGCCUGUCUCAAAGCUCACCAACCUCACACAUCUCGACCUUUCUUAUCUAAACACAAGCCACCCAAUAGACUUAAAACUCUUCUCUUCUCUCAAAUCUUUGGUGCACCUUGAUCUUUCCGGUAAUAGUAUAUCUCUAGCCAGUUUAAGUUCAGAUUCAUACAUCCCAUUAAACAUGGCAAUGAUGUUCUUAAAGCACUGUGGCCUCAAAGAGUUCCCAAACAUAUUCAAGACCCUUCAAAAAUUGGAAGCUAUAGACGUAUCCAACAAUAGAAUCGACGGAAAAAUCCCUGAAUGGUUAUGGAGCCUUCCUCUUCUGCAUUUAGUGAAUAUUUUAAAUAAUUCUUUCGACGGUUUUGAAGGAUCAACGGAAGUUUUAGUAAGUUCAUCGGUGCGGAUAUUACUUUUAAAGUCAAACAACUUUCAAGGAGCACUUCCUAGUCUACCACACUCUAUCAACGCCUUCUCUGCGGGUUAUAAUAAUUUCACUGGGAAGAUACCUAUAUCAAUAUGCACCAGAACCUCGCUUGGUGUCCUUGAUCUAAACUACAACAACCUCAUCGGUCCAAUUCCUCAAUGUUUGAGUAAUGUGACGUUUGUAAAUCUCCGGAAAAACAAUUUGGAAGGAACUAUUCCGGACACAUUCAUUGUCGGUUCCUCCAUACGGACACUUGAUGUUGGAUACAAUCGACUAACCGGGAAACUUCCAAGGUCUCUUUUGAAUUGCUCAUCUCUAGAGUUUCUAAGCGUUGACAACAACAGAAUCAAAGACACAUUUCCUUUCUGGCUCAAGGCUUUACCAAAGUUACAAGUCCUUACCCUCAGUUCAAACAAGUUUUAUGGUCCUAUAUCUCCUCCUCAUCAAGGUCCUCUUGGGUUUCCAGAGCUGCGAAUACUUGAGAUAUCUGAUAAUAAAUUUACUGGAAGCUUGCCGCCAAGAUAUUUUGUGAAUUGGAAAGUAUCGUCCUCCAAGAUGAAUGAAUAUGCGGGUUUAUAUAUGGUUUACGAGAAGAAUCCUUAUGGUUUAGUUGUCUAUACCUUUUUGGAUCGUAUAGAUUUGAAGUACAAAGGUCUACACAUGGAGCAAGCGAAGGUCCUAACUUCCUACAGCACCAUUGAUUUUUCUAGAAAUCUACUUGAAGGAAACAUUCCUGAAUCCAUUGGCCUUUUAAAGGCAUUGAUUGCACUCAACUUAUCAAACAACGCUUUUACAGGCCAUAUUCCUCAGUCUUUGGCCAAUCUUAAGGAGCUCCAGUCACUAGACAUGUCAAGAAACCAGCUCUCAGGGACUAUUCCUAAUGGACUCAAGGCCCUCUCGUUUUUGGCGUACAUAAGUGUGUCUCAUAACCAACUCAAUGGUGAAAUACCACAAGGAACACAAAUUACUGGGCAAUUGAAAUCCUCCUUUGAAGGGAAUGCAGGGCUUUGUGGUUUUCCUCUCGAGGAAAGUUGCUUCGACACUAGUGCAUCUCCAAGACAGGACCAUAAGAAAGAAGAAGAAGAAGAAGAAGAAGAAGAAGAACAAGUGUUAGAUUGGAAAGCAGUGGCAAUAGGGUAUGGACUUGGACUGUUGAUUGGAUUGGGAAUAGCCCAAGUCAUUGCUUCAUACAAGCCGGAGUGGCUCACCAAGAUAAUUGGUCAGAAUAAGGGCAAAAUCUGGUAGGAUAUUUUUAGUUUUGAGUUUGAAUCUUACAUGUUUCUCAAAUAGUUUUGUAUUGAAGCAUUUGCAUGUAUUUUAUAUGAUGCUUUUGUUUCUACUUAUUUUUAUAUAAAGUAAGAAUGGUGAA